UCUGUAAAAUCUCCAUCUUCAACCUCCUAAAACCCUCACUCCAUUUUCCUAACACUACCAUUCCAUGGCGGCCCUCCAACGCCUACUCUCUCAAACUCGCCGCCACUCUCAACUUUCUCCACUCCCAUGGCUUCGCAGAUCACUCUGCUCUUCUUCUUCUUCUUCUUCGUCACAACCUGAUCCUAACCCUAAUCCUAAUCCCAAUCCAUCGCCAAACGAAACCAGACGCCAAUCUGUAUCUGUUCAACCCGUUUCUUACCCAAUUAAACCCAAAGAUCCAUCUCCAUCUCAAUCUUCACUCCAAGACCCGGUGAACCAUGAACGAUCCGACCCGAAUAUGCAGAACCCACAGCAACAGCGAGCUUGGAGCCGCGAAGACGUUCGGUUCGUGAAGGAUUUCAACCCUUCAUCAGCGGUUAACAGGGUGGCGCCAUUGCCGGAAGAUAAAAGUCAGGAGGAUGUUGAGAGGGCGAAUGAGGAAAUGGAAGCGGAAAGGAGGAGGAUUGAAGCGGAUAAUCGGGUAAUGAGGCGGGUUUUUAGGGUUGAGGAACAACAAACGGUGCCGUUUCCCACUUUGUUGAAGGCGGAGCAGAGGCAGAGUACAAACCAAAAGGUUGUUCAUGAUCUUAAGGAGGCUGUGCAGCUUGUAAAGGCAAAUGCAAAGCGUAAUUUUGAUGAGACCUUGGAAGCACAUGUAAAAUUAGCUGUUGAUCUGCGUCGUACUGAUUUGAAACUUACUGGCUCGUUAUCUCUUCCACAUGGCAGUGGAAAGGCUCUUCGGGUGGCUGUGUUUGCCGAAGGAGCAGCUGCCGAUGAGGCUAGAGCUGCAGGAGCUGAUUUGGUCGGUGGUGAGGACCUAAUUGAAGGAAUUAAAAAUGGCAGUAUUAACACAAAAGACAUUGACAAGUGCAUCGCAAUGCCUCAAUUGAUGCCACGAAUAGGGAAAGAGAUAUCCAAAAAGCUCAACCGUUUGACACCAAAUGCAAGAGAUGGUUCUGUAACCACUGAUAUUUUAAGGGCGGUGAAAGAAGCAAAGAAAAACAUCACAUUUAAGAAAGACAAAUCCGCUAUUGUUCACGUUGGUCUCGGAAAGGUCAGUUUCACAGAAGAGGCUUUAUGUGAAAAUGUGGGCGCCUUUGUUAAUGCUCUUUUGCUUGCGAAGCCUGCAGGAUUAAAGAAAAGUUCCAAGUAUGCUGGAUACGUGACCACCUUCCAUAUCUGCAGCACGAUGGGCCCGUCUUUCCCUGUUUCAAUCCAAUCGUUGUCCAUAGCGGCUGAUCGUUACACCAAGUUGCAAAUGAGAUGACCACAAGCUCAAUGUUGUAUUCCCCGGCUCGUAUUUUGUUUUUUUCUGCGAUCAUAUCUGGCUUAAUUAUGGUAUGGUUGUAGAUGCCAUUUGUUUACUUUUCAUCUCUCAUGGCAGACUAAUAAAUUUUGUUUUAAAGAGUAGUACUUACCUUAAAUAAGUGUGAACAAGACAAAAGACGUGUAUAACUGAUGUUUUUAUUUACAUACGUAGAUGCCAGUUUGACCC